AUGUCGAAGCUUUUGCGCAGCCACCAGGAGAAUGACGAUCUUGCAGACGAAUUAGUUUUCAAGUUUGCGGUCGUCAGCGUAGCCAAGAGACCGGGUCAGUCAGAAGCGGGCAUGUCGACUCCUAGCGGUAGCAUUGAUGUGACGACAAAAGUAGAACAGACGCCUGACAAAGAACAGCUAACUUUGAGCGCUCAGCAAGCGUCUGUAGCUUCUUGCGACGUCAUUGAAGACUGGAAAGCCGAACAAGAAAAAGAUGUUGCCGCUAGAUACAAGCAUGACUGGUAUAUGGUCUGGUUCAAGUAUUUUUUCGGAGCGACCGCCAUGAUGACGAUCUGGUUAACCUACAGCGACAUCAGUAAAGGCGAAGUCCUUACUUCCUCACCGAAUGCCUCUCUGUCGACGAGCAUCACCAUGUAUAAGCUAAGUCUGACUGCACUUAUCGGCUCCAACGUUCGCAGCGCUAUGUGGCGACAUCUUGGGCAGGGAGGCACCGUCACAGCCGAAUUUCUGCACGAGUCUGGUCGACUGGAAGGCGAUCCCAUCAGCGCCUUGAAGCUGCUCAGACAAACUGGGCUCCGUUUCGCUGGCCUGGUAUCAUUAGCCGUCGCCGUCGCAACACACGCAAUUGAGCCAAUCCUGCAGGCAUCAAUCCAGUCGACCGGCAAGCAGCUGUACACUGUCAAUCGCCCCUACUUUUACGCCGGAUUCGCCUUUCUGGCAUUGGUUCUGCUCUUCGAAGUCGUACUUUCCCUCCCUCAGCCUAGCGAAUAUGUGACUUCGUAUGGAAGCCCUUUAGCUAGUGCGGCGGAAGGACUUGGACCAGGUCUUAGUGACAAGCGGGUCGCCAUCUUGACCCGUCUGCCGAAGUCAAUGGCUAACGUGCAGGUCGGCCUUACCUUCGAGGAUCCUUCCGAAAGCAACGGUAUGGUCGGACAUAGGUAUAUCGACAUAAGAACCGAGACAAAUGGGCCCCAAUCAGCCAACACCGAGUAA